AGACACACUGUGUUCUGAUCGAGAUGGAGACGCGAUUAUUUUGAAUCCAGUUCGAAGAAUUCGCUCCUCCGUGCAUGCAGAGUCUGGGUUAUUGGUUUCGCUAUUGAAGGUGAUGAACACGAAGGUUUUCGAAAAGAAAUCGUGAAAAGUGUGCACCGGAUUCUCUGUGAAUGGAAAAGAUUGAAGUUUCGUAAGUUCUUCGAUCGAAGAGGAACACGCGUGAAGAAUUCGAAAAAAUUUAUAGAAGAAAAUAUUUAGGUUAUAGAAUAUGAAAAAAUUCUGAGAGAUAGUUGUUUAUUCGUUUAAUUAAAUUGAGAGGGAAGAUUGACAAUUUUUGAAAGGAUGAGAAUGACGGACGAGAAGGAUCUGAACGAGGUAUUGUGCGUGAAGAAUGUGGUGAAGACGAUGAAUGGGAAUGAGAAAAAUAAUGGUAAUUCGUUGGAAACGAAGAUUUACAAGAAACGAUGGCUGAUUCUGGGUUUAUUUAUCGUGUACACGGGAAUGAGCAACUUCCAAUGGAUUCAAUAUUCUAUAGUCAGCAAUAUAGUGAGCAGGUACUAUGGAGUCUCUUCAUUGGCUGUCGACUGGACAGCAAUGGCAUUUAUGGCUUAUUACCUGAUUUUCAUCUUUCCUACCACGUACAUGGUGAACCGAUGGGGGCUUAGAUGGAGUAACAUUAUAGGAUGUUGUAUCACGUGCUUUGGUUCGUGGAUUAAGGUUUUAUCUGUCAGUCCUGACAGAUUUUGGGUCACUUUCAUUGGACAAUCCUUGGUUGCUUCUACACAGACUAUAAUUCUAACGUUACCCGGACGUCUGGCAGCGCAAUGGUUCGCCGCCGACGAACUUUCCACGGCUACGUCAUUAAGCAUUUUUGGCAACCAAAUGGGGAUAGCUUUAAGUUUCUUAAUUACACCGAUAAUCGUGAAAAAUCACGAGAAUCUAGAUGAUAUUGGCGCUGGCUUGUCGCAUCUGUUUUGGGGCGUAGCUAUCAUCUUAACAGUUGUACUUAUAUUGAUCGUAAUACUAUUCGAGGACGAUCCAAAAAUACCACCGAGUAAAACACGAGCUCUUCAAAAAUUGAAUGAAAUGCAGGUCGAGGAAAGUUUGAUAGAACCAAUUAAGAGAUUGUUCAAGAACAAGUAUUAUAUGUCUCUUUGCAAUUCGUAUGGUUUGAGUAUCGGUGUUUUAAACGCCGUGGGAACAUUGUUGAAUCAAAUAUAUCUCGUGCAUUUCGAGAAUGGUGAGGAAGACGCGGGUAGAAUCGGUUUGGUCUUGAUCAUUACAGGGAUGAUAGGUUCUGUCAGUUUUGGAGUGAUUCUCGAUAAAACGCAUAAGUACAAGGAAACGGCUGUGGUCGUGUAUUUUCUCUCGCUCGGCGGCCAGAUAUUCUUUUCUACCUUCACGUUCCUCGAAAUGAAAUGGAUGGUGUAUUUGGGCUCCGUUUUUCUAGGGUACUUCUUAGUCGGAUAUGUGGCCUUAGGAUACGAAAUGUGCGCGGAAUACACGUAUCCGGAAUCCGAGGGGAUAACGGCGGGAAUUUUGAACGUGGCUGGAAACGUUUACGGGAUUGUUCUCAUUCUGAUAAUGGGUCGGUUGCUCGAGGUAUACGGGGAUAUUCCGGUGCACGUGGGCCUUUGUGUAGCGCUGCUCAUUGGGUUUAUCAUGACCAUGCUGACGAAGGAUGUGCAAAGGCGUCAGGAUGCCAGAAAUAGUGUCCAUUAUGUCGGUGUUGAACAGAGUGAAAAGAGCAACGAGCGCAAUGGACUCGAGAAAAAUUGAUUCUUAAUUAUCGUGUAUUUUUUAUAUUAACUAUAUUAAAUGUGAUUAGAAACGGAUUGAUGAAUUUUCUCGGUUUCGUGAAAAUCGAGAGAGGAAGAAAAAUAUUAUUUCUUAUGAAUAAUAUGAGAAAAAAUAUUUUAUUUUAAUUCCAAUUUUAUAGUAAAGAAUUGGUAAAGAUAAUUUCGUGAUAGUUAACUAGACAUUAUUAUAAAUUGAAACAGUAAAGGAAUAUAUAAUACGAUCUAAUAUAAUGGAAUAUAAUGAAAGAUGUAUUAAACUAUUCGUUUUAAUCCUUUAAGAAUUGAAUCGAUAUAACUUUGCUACAUGUUUUCCACUAUCCAUAUUUUUUGUAAUAAAUAAUGAUCCAUAUUCUAUACCUCAUCAAUGACUAUAUACAGGGUGAACAAAAUAAUUUGAUUUGAUUUUCAAUAAUAUUAAAAAAUAUUUUAAAUUAAAAUUGAAUAGUGCAGACAAUAAUGUAGAGAUGUAGAAGAUACAUCAUAUGAAGAUCAAGUUUGUUUUUUAAAUGAAAUCACGUAAUUUUGAAUGUAUUAAUGUAUGAUUUCUAUUUUCUUACCUGCAAACAAUUAUUUAUUUCAAGAAAAUUAUUAUUCUCAAGAAAAUUUUCAAUAAAAUGAUAUUGAUAUCGAAUAUCAUAGUUCGUAUGGAUUGGAAGAGUUCAUUGUCAUGAAAGGAUUAUUACUAGACUGCAUUUAUAUAAGAAAUUUAAAUACACGAAAAUAUACACAUAAUAUUUUCUUAGUUGUAUUCAUAAAAAUAUGAAUUUGAAAGAAACAUUUGCAGUUUAUUUAUUAUAAAUAUUAUUAUAAUAAAGAUAUUCUUCUUUUUAUACAUUUGUAUAUAGACAACUCUGCGAUGUUUGAAUGAAAUAAUUAUUGUGAAUGAUUGCAUGGACGACAGAAGAUGUAAUAAAUACAUCUAAAGGAAGUAAAUGUAAUUAAUGAGAAAAAAAUUUUAAUAAAUGUUUGUGAAAACAUGGAUUGGAUGCAUAUAAUGUAUAUUUAUACCAUAUAUAUAAUGUAUUAAUAAUAACAUAUAUAAUAAUAUAUUA